UUGCGUAUUGUGAUUAAUGUCAAUAUGUAUUACAAAUGUCUAGUUAAUUUAUAAUGUUUUGUAAAUGAUAAUUGUUUAAAUUUUUCAUCACUUGAAGAACCUAUUUCUACACGUGGACAAUGCAGAGGUCGACGGAACAAUUAACUCACUGCAGUACGGUGACAUUAGAAGAAAGCCUGGAUAAUACGGACGGAAUAACAACGCGAACCGUCUCUGAGAAGAUCAUGAGUAUCUGUAAAAAUACCAUACGAUGGGUGCUCCUUCUGGAUGUGUUACUCGCCUUAUCAGUUAUUGUACUCCUAACAAUAUUGGAAUUUGGGUCAGUUCCACAACAUCGCAUUGGCUUUUACUGCAAUGAUCCAAAAAUUUCUUUCAAGUUCAUGGGAGACACAAUUUCGAUCACAUUACUGAUCGUGGGAUGUCUUCUGCUACCAAUUUUAGUGAUGUGGCUGUCCGAAUUCGCAUGUUAUUCUGCAGAUAGCUACAAUAGAGAAUUAGGAUGUGCUGGUUCGAGAGCAAAGCAAAUAUGGUCAUGGUAUGGCCACUAUUCCAUCGGAAUAAUUGCCUUAACCUUUAUAUGCAAUGUUAUGAAAACUCUGAUCGGCGAACCAAGACCACAUUUUCUGGAUACAUGUAAACCAAAAGAGGCUAUAAACUGUACAGAUGGAUAUGUGGGAACAUAUACAUGUACAAAUACAAAUGAUUCAGAAUGGUUUAUUUCAGAUUCAAGUAAAUCAUUCCCAUCGGGUCAUUCUGCCCUUUCCAUGUUUACAACUACUUUCAUUGUAUGGUAUUUACAAUGCCGUUUGCCGAAUCGGACAUUUUUCCUAAAACCGUGGUUACAAUGUAUGAUAUGCUUGUGGGCUGUGAUAUGUUCAUUAACCAGAAUCGGUGACAAUAGACAUCACUGGUGGGAUGUACUUGCAGGCAACAUUUUGGGUUUGGCUUUUAGCGUAUUAACUGUUAUAAUGUCAUGCCGUAAGUUUCAUUUAAAUCAAAAUGUCUCGCAAAUCUACAAUGAAUCGAUAGAAAAUGAACAAAUUAAUUAUAACAAUAAAAGAAAACAAAGUGUCAAGAAAUUUCUGCAUGAAACACCAGUCGAUGUUUCGGAAAGUCGUGAAUUAAAGAAUGUUAAAUCAUCAACCUGGAAAGAAUGA